AUUUAACUCCAGUUGUUGAUACUGGACAAGAACAAGAUGUGCACACUGGCUGGAUGAAAACGUAUAAAAACUGGAAUGUCAUUGUGAAGGAUUUAAAGGAUCACUCUAAAACGUUCCUCAUUCAUGUGGAGCCACUAAACAUCACCACCCACUACUUCAUAGACUGCCUUGUGUUAGCAUGCUGUCUGAAACUAAUUGCAGACGAUGAGAGAAGAGAAAUCUUGCCAGUGUCAUCACUGCUGUUUGUCCAGCAUGGUCCUUCAGUUAGUUUUAAUUUAUCUGGGAACCGAGGUUUUAGAAAAUUGGAAAGAUAUUCUAAUCCAGCAUUUGGAGAGAUAGCUUCUUGCCCUUGUGACUUGAAUGAAGGAACUUGUGAUGUGUUUUGUUGCUGUGAUACUGAUUGUUCCUCUGACAGUAAACGAAGUUUUACUUGUUUGUCUGGAUUACAAGGUGGAUAUAAAACCGAAAACUUUCUUGUCUAUCGAUGUCACUCUUCUGUAUUUCCACUCCAUGACUUGCAUUCUUUUCUUUGUAUCUUUCGAGACAACAGUCCAUUUUUGGGACAAUAUUUCUUAAACCAUAAAGAAACUGCAAGUUUUCAAGACAUCCAGAAACUUCUACUCGGGACAAAGUUAAAAAGAGAAAACUUGGAAUAUGAUUCGCCACCUGUACCUUUCUCAUUCACUCAGAGCCAAACAAAAAUUGUUGGGUAUUUGUAUGGUCAGAACAUCCAAAUGGAAAUCAGUAGUGAUCAGUUUGUUAAAAGUGGACUUUUUUCCAUCCCUCAAAACCUUUAUGGUGAUGAAUGCCACUGGAACGGUCCAGCACAGUUCUUGAUAGACCAAGAGACUUUUUGUAACAUCCGUGUUCGAGAACUUUGUACGUCCAGAGGAACGUCCAGUUCCGUGUUGAGUGUUAAGUUAUUUGAUAAUAAGGAUGUAAAGGUACUUAGACACCCUGGAAGUAAAGUCAAGCUAGAUCCAGAAAUCAAUGUGCUGUGCACGAAUAAUACUUCAUAUUAUGUCAAAGAUAAAUCAACAAGCAGCUUUCCAUUGCCCGAUCUUCAUGAUGAAGAAUACUUAAAAAUUAAUGCCAUCAAACCCUGCUGGAAUAGUUCGGUUUUUGUUCUUCCCAGUUAUUCAGAUCGUAUUUGUAAAAAUAUCGUUUUCGAUGUUCGAUACCACUUCUUUUGGGAAGCGGGAGAGCUGGUUCAUCAACGAAUUACCAUUUUACUUGGACAGGUUGUGGUUGAACCUGAUGAAGUGGGCUUUUCAUCAUUUCAUCUCACGCAACAUUUUCAAUUAAAGUUUUAUAACUCGAAACUGUUAAAUACAACAAGUGGAUUAGAGCAAACGAAACGAUCUGGAAUUUUUGGGUAUGAAUUUGGAUUGCCCCUUAUUUCUUUAAGUAUAUAUCAGAAUGAAUCAGCAGACAGCAAUGAAACUAGCUACCUUGAUUCUAACAUGACCGUUGGUCAUCAGUUCCUAGUGUGGAAACCAGCCCCAAACCCUUCUUAUAACAGGCGUCGCCCCUGAUGUCAGAUGGAACAGCUAUAGUCAGCUUCCAACCAGACCGUUUUACUAAAUCACGAAGUGGAAGCUAUUGAACAUAAGCUCGAUAUCACAGGUUUAAUACGUUGUGUUAAAAUAACCUCGAGCCUCGCCACGUCGUUACAGUGCAUGUCACCAUGUCCUGCCGUGCUCUAUCAGACGACCGUAUCUUUACAACAGCCCUGUAGUGGAGUUUCCAUUGCAAAUGUCUUCAUCAUUAGGGUGUAAUGUUCAAAGCACACCAUCACUUCCUGCUGCUCACCAAAAUGCAUCUGGUAUACGAGGAUGACUGUUUCUCAGCACCCGUUUCAAUGGUGUGAGUGCAUAGAAGACCAAUGGCGCUGCAUCCGGUGACUUGACCGGUAUAUCUUUGUAUGAAAUACCCAUUUCAUUCUCCA